CUUGGAGGAAGGAUGUAGAAAGAGAUUGCUGUGUUAUGUUUAGGAAAAGAUCAUGGACAGUCGCCUUUCCAGUUGCAAAGAUGUCGUAAGUGAGGAGAGUGAAGAGGAAAGCAAUGGAGUCAACUUGAUGGAAUUCUCAGAUGAGAUCCUUCUGCACAUCCUCAGCUAUGUCCCUUGCACAGACCUGGUCCUCAAUGUCAGGAGAACCUGCAGGAAACUUGCAACACUUUGCCUUGACAAGAGUCUAACACAUACAGUGCUGCUUCAGAAGGACUAUAAGGUGAACAAAGACAAAGUGAAGCAGCUGAUGAGGGACAUUGGGAAGGAGAUCUACCAGCUGAACAUGGCCGGGUGCUACUGGCUGCCCAGCUCCACCAUUGACCACGUGACGCGGUGCAAGAACCUGGUGAAGCUGAACCUGUCGGGGUGCCACGUCACCUCGCUGCGCCUCUCCAAGAUGCUCUCCUCGCUGCAGCACCUGCGCUCCCUGGCCAUCGACGUGAACCCGGGCUUUGAUGCCAGCCAGCUGAGCAGUGAGUGCAAAGCCACCCUCAGCCGUGUCUCGGAGCUGAAGCAGACCCUCUACACACCCUCCUACGGCGUCGUGCCGUGCUGCACCAGCCUCGAGAAACUGCUGCUCUACUUUGAGAUCCUCGACCGCUCGCGGGAGGGGUUCAUGCUCUCUGGGCAGCUGAUGGUGGGCGAGAGCAACGUGCCCCAUUACCAGAACCUCCGCAUCUUCUACGCCAGGCUGGCUCCUGGCUACGUCAAUCAGGAGGUGGUGAGGCUGUACUUGGCAGUGCUGAGUGAUCGGACACCUGAGAACCUCCACGCCUUCCUCAUCUCUGCCCCCGGCAGCUUUGCAGAGACGGGAGCCACCAAAAACCUCCUGGACUCCAUGGCCCGAAAUGUUCGUCUGGAUGCUUUACAACUGCCCAAAGCCUGGAUCAACGGCUCCGGGCUCCUGCAACACUUGAAGUUCAACAACCCUUUCUACUUCAGCUUUAGCCGAUGCACCUUAUCUGGUGGGCAUCUGAUCCAGAGGGUCAUUAAUGGUGGGAAGGAUCUUAAAAGCCUGACCAGUUUGAACCUCAGUGGCUGCGUUCACUGCCUGGCCCCGGAGUCCUUGUUUCGGAAAGCAGAAGAUGACAUCGACAGCAGCAUUUUGGAAAGCUUGGUAGUGUCUUGCUGCAACCUGAGACACCUGAACCUCUCUGCAGCUCAUCAUCACAGCUCUGAAAGCAUAGGGAACCACCUGUGCCAGCUCCUGUCCAGGCUAAAGCACCUCCUCUCGUUAGCACUACCAGUUUGCUCCAUCACAGACGUUGGUGCAAGCGUGGAGAAGCCUCCCAGCACACCUAAUCUGGUGCCCCAAACAUUUGGAAGGAAAGUUCGGAUUGGGGUACAGACAUAUCCAAGGAACUUAGGGGACCAGACAAAUCAGAAGAUCGAGUCCUCGGUGUUUUGGGCUCUGAUGGGAAGCCUCAGAUUUUUGGAAACCUUGGAGAUAAUUGGGUCCAGUUUCUCCUCUGCCAUGCCCCGCAACGAGCCAGCGAUUCGGAACUCGCUGCCUCCCUGUGUCCGGGCACAGAGCGUGGGGGACUCAGAGGUGGCUGCCAUUAGCCAAUUGACUUACCUGCAGAGCCUCACCUUAGCACAGCUGCCAAAUAUCCUCACGGGCUCUGGGCUCGUCAACAUCGGGCUGCAGUGCCAGCACCUGCGGACUCUUUCCUUGGCCAACCUGGGCAUGAUGGGCAAGGUGGUCUAUAUGUCUGCUCUCAUGGACAUGCUGAAACACUGCAAGUGUUUGAGAGAUCUCAGGCUGGAACAGCCCUACUUCUGUGCGGGCGCGCAGUUCUUCCAGGCACUGAGUCACUGCUCCUCUCUCCAGCGCCUUUGCAUCGUCUCCCGGAGCGGGACUCUGCAGUCUGACGCAGUGAUGUCAUUCAUGGCCAGCUGCCUCGAGGUCAUCAUGUGCCACAUGUUCAUGGGAGAGUCUCUCACCGUUUGCAGGAACCUCCAGCAGUCCAUUGUCCGGAGUUUCCAGGCAGAGCGCCCUGCAUUAAACGUCGUCAUUUUCCCUCUGCUUCACGAGGACUUGACAGAGGUCAUCAGAGAUGUCCCCAUGAGGCACUUGGAUGAAAUUACCUUGUUUAAAAGCAGAGUGGCUGAGGAACCUCCCAAUUUGUGGUGGUGACUGCCACAGCAUGGAAAGGACAAGUCAGUGUGAACCCAUGGAGCAGCUUCUUGUUGGCCUGGAUUUCCCAUCCUUGACUCCUGGCCCCUCGCUGGAUGCUGUACAAUCACUUCAACCAGGUGCAAUUGCAAAAUAAAAAAAGCUGGUUCUUUACAGUGGGGAAACAUCUAUUGGAUAUUGCUUGCAUCUGAAAAAAUCGUGUCUCAAAGGCUUGUGGAAUCUGAUGAGUAUUUCCUUGCGGUUGAUAUGAAUUGUUUUUGUUAUUUUACUGAAGUUAAAGGUAAGAGAAACUGACUUAACAAUGCUCUGUCCCCUGUGUCCCCUGGUGUCUGUCCCAAGGGCCCCUGUGUACGUUGGCAGUGUGCUUUGUGGUUUUGGUGGAAAUCAUUCUUUGCUUCAGUCUGUUUUUGGCAAAGUAGAGAGCCUAGGCCAGCUCAGAGGCACAAAAAUGUGUUGCUCAAUUGAAGUGCAUCACAUCUUUUCUAUGUUACAAAUAGGCAUUUGUAGUCACACAUGUGCAGUCACAGAUAUUUAAAGGUUUUUUUUUUUUUUUUUUGACUGAGAAGUACCACAAGGACUCUUUAUUUUUUAAUAACAAAUUAAGGUCAUUAACACCUUGACCAUGGUAUGUUCCUGCUGGUGCUGUUUCCAUUGGUCUGGUGGAAGAAGUUCUCAGCUCUUUUGGAAAUCCUUGUCCUAGGGUAGAUGGUGCCUACAGUGAAUAAGUUGAGGCUCAGAUCUGAUUUAUAUGCAGUCUGUCUUGCAGUGUAGAUGGGAAUGUAGUGUUCCAGUUCUGUCCUUAUAUCCCAUGCCUUGAGCUCAUGCUAAUUUUAGAGAUGUUAUGAAGUAUUUUCACAGUGUGAUUUCAGUCAGCUUCUCUGCUCCACAGAACUUCCUCAGGCAUCAGUAGUGGUCUGGAUCACUUUCAUAUUGCCUUAUUUACUGAGCACUUUUAAAAGCAUCAGACAGCUGUACCAAAAGCCAAGUUACAAGUUCCUGGAGCUGCAAGUCUGGGUGGCAGAAUUUUCCUUGGUAGCAUACCAGGUCUGUCUUCUGCAAAGCAGCUGCUGACCAGAGCUGUCUGACCUCACCUAAAUCCCGAAUGUGUUGAGCUCUGCUCUUCUGGGGAGGCCCAGAGUCGUCCAAAGAUGAUGUGCCCAUCUCCUUGUCAGCAUUUCCUACCCAAGAUGCCCCCUCCCAAAUUCUCUUCUGCCCUCAGUGUUCAGAGGAAGCCUGGUUUGAUGGGACAGACUUGAGAGCAAAAUGCAUCUCCCAGCCUGGGAGGACUUUCUGUCCUUGCUUUCCAAUCAGCCACGUGUGAGCCUGCCUGGAAUUGUGUCCCACAGGUGUAAAUCUUGAGCCAGGCUGUGACAGCCCUUGUGCUCAGAGAGGUCACAGUGAGGAGCAGGUGAGUGUCAGGCUCUGCUAGCACAGGUCUGUGCCUUGCUCAGACCAGCCCUGCUGGUUGCUGUCCUUCCCGAGGCUCUCAUCCUUCCCCUGUGAGGGCAGGGAGCCAGCACAGCCUCUGGAGUGCAGCAGGAGAGUGAGGCCAGCUCCCCUGGGAGUGCUGCAGCUGAGCUGGGAGCACUCCUGAGUGCUGGAGGCUCUGCC